UGGCCCUUUAGCCUCCAAUCCCUUCCUCUUCUUCCUUCUCUUUUGCCUUUGCAUUUAUAAAAACCUCAAUUUGCUUCACAUCUUUUCUUCUGCACAACCUCAACCAGCCGCGCCGGAUUUCCCUACUUACCCCGCCGGCACUUCCUUUUCUUUGUCAUCUUCUCCCGAAUCACAGCCUCGUCACUAUAACUCCAUCACCCAACUUUGUGUGACUUGCAUCCUUCAGUCCUCUACAAGUCCAAAUUAGUAGAUCAUGAAUGAAAGUAAUACAAGUGUGGGAGGUCAGGAUUUCAUCACCCUUCCUGCGUCUAGUAAUUCUAUGUCUGGAAGUGAGAGUGGUGAACUUCGGGAUGUGGAUGAUGGACUUCAUCAAGUAGAUUCUCAACGUAAUAAUGCUGAGGCUAAAGAUGGUGAAGUGAAAGCUGAGAUCCUGCAGCUGAAUGAAGGAGAUAUUAGAAAUCCUCAGAACAAUUUAAUUGUGGAAGCAAAGGUAGACAGCACUCUUGCUGGCGAUUCAUCUGACAUGGAAAUAAGUGAUGAAAUAACUGAAGCUCUUAGAGUUGAAAAGAAACUGGAUGAGGUUAGCUCUGGAGCUCAUUCUGAAUCAUUUAAGGUUGAAGAGAAAUUGGAUGGCUCUUCAAUGUCUACCAAAAAGCGGUGUCUUGAUCUUGAAAAUGGAAGUCCCAUCCAGAACCACACAAUGGAUGGUAUUUCUGUUGUUAAGAGACCUCGGAUGACAUUUGAUGACCGGCAACCUUCUAUUCGUAUUGUGUAUAAUUUCUUAACAAGAGCUAGUAAACAGAAGCUUGAGGAGCUUUUGCAGAAGUGGUCAGAGUGGCAAGCUGAACAGGGUUCUUCAUUGCAAGAAAAUGAACUUACAGAAUCAGGAGAAAAGACCUACUUUCCUGCUCUACGUGUUGGUGCAGAUAAGCCCUCCGCCGUGUCAUUCUGGAUUGACGAUCAAAGAAGGAAUCUGCAUGAUAUGGAGUUCAUCCCACUGGAUGGUAAUAUUGUGCCACUUUAUGAUCGUGGGUUUGCAAUGGGUUUGACUUCAGCAGAUGCUUCAAGUAAUUUGGAAGGAGGCCUGGAGAUACAAGAUGAGGCUUCCCGUUGUUUCAACUGUGGUUCUUAUAGUCAUUCCCUAAAGCAAUGCCCAAAGCCUCGCGACAAUGUUGCUGUCAACAAUGCUCGAAAGCAACACCAAAAGUCCAAACGUAAUCAGAGUGCUGCUUCUCGCAAUGCAACUCGCUAUUAUCAGAACUCUCAAGGUGGAAAGUAUGAUGAUCUAAAGCCUGGUGUUCUUGGUGCUGAAACGCGACAACUAUUAGGCCUUGGGGAGUUCGACCCUCCACCGUGGCUUAAUAGAAUGCGAGAAAUUGGGUACCCACCGGGAUAUCUAGCCCCUGACGAGGAUGAGCCAUCUGGAAUUACAAUAUAUGCUGAUGUGGAAACAGAUGAAGGACAGGAAGAUGGAGAAAUUGCUGAGAUGGUGCAGCAGCCUGAACCACAGAUGAAAAUGACAGUUGAAUUUCCAGGAAUAAAUGCACCGAUCCCUGUUGAGGCAGAUGAAAAACUUUGGGCUCCUAGUCCAAGUUCUGAAUCAUUCAAGAGUAGGUCACAAUCGCACCAUAGAGUAAACCAUUCUUCUGAAUCUGGCAGCAGAGGGCUGGAACGAAGGUAUUUUAGUGAUUAUGAGGAUGAAGGCCCUCCCGGAGUUGACUCCAGAGUUAGCUCAUCCCAUCCCCCAAGGUAUGGUAAUUAUGAUUCACCAUACGGUUUUAACAGUCCAAGACAUCCUAUUCCAAGGCCACGAAGCCCCACCUCAGGAAGGUCGUAUUAUGAGAGGGGUAGAAGGAGCCCCUUGGUAUAUGAAGAUUUUGGUAGUCAUGGCUCCUAUGGUUCAAGAUAUUCUCCAAGAGCUCAUGGAUUUGAAUAUGAGACCGAUGAAAGAUGGGACAACAGCUACUUGGAUUAUUCAUCUCGGUAUAGUAGCCAUCGAUAUCACAGCCGGUGGUGAAUGGCACUGUUGUAACUUUAAAUUUUGUCACUAGAUAGGAUUGUUUAGCACCCCUUGUGGCCCACAUAACUUGUAAAGAUUUCUAGACAAAGGGUGGAUGCAUUGAUAGUUUUAGCACCAGUGAAGUGGGAAGAUCAUUGUACAAUGAUUUAGAUAGAUAGGCCUAAGGUGAAUUUAAAUUGUUUGUUUACCUUAGAUGUAUUAAUUGCCAUCUUGCUCUUAUUAUAAUCUCUUUUCUUGGGGAUGAUAGUCGGGUUGAUAUUAGUAAUGUUUGAAAGAUCCUAAUUUUUGAACUCAAUUUAUCGAAUAUCUCAAUUCAUUA